GAGCUUUCUGAAAUGCUUGGAGUCCACAGGAACACAUUACAAUGCCAUAUGAAGUGCUAUGGAAUUGAAAGAAAAUACUUGAACCUUACUAAUGUUGACCUUGAUUAUCUUGUCACUGAGUUCAAGAAAGAGCAGCCUGAUUCAGGUAUAAGAUACAUGAUUAGUUUUCUCCACAGGCAUGGACUGUGA